UGCUUGUUUCACAGUUACAUUUCACUCGGAUUAAAUAUGAAAUUGUUGGGAGUUGUCUGUCUUUUUGCCUUGGUGCUUCUUGCAUCCGCCGAAGAUGAAAAGAAACCAGUGGCCGAAGCUAAGGUAGAUGACACCAGUGCCGCCGAGAGUGCGACCCAGGAGGACAAAAAGCAGGACAAGCGUGGCCUGCACGACUGGACCGGCAGCUAUGGCGGUGGCUUCGAGGAAAAGCACGACGUUCCCCACUUUGAAACGCACGAGGAGAAGACACUGACGGUGGUCAAGAAGGUCCCGGUGCCAUACCCGGUUGAGAAGCACAUCCCCUACCCGGUGGAGAAGCACGUCCCGGUUCCGGUCAAGGUUGGCGUGCCCAAGCCAUACCCGGUCUACAAGACUGUGCACUACCCAGUGAAGGAGAUCGUCAAGGUGCCGUACCAUGUCCCAGCUCCUUACCCAGUUGAGAAGAAGGUCCCGUACCCAGUCCAUGUGCCAGUCGAUAACCCAGUCCCGGUCAAGGUUUACGUGCCAGCCCCGUACCCAGUGGAGAAGAAGGUCCCGGUGCCCGUCAAGGUCCAUGUCCCAGCUCCUUACCCGGUUGAGAAGAUCGUGAAGGUCCCGGUCAAGGUCCCAGUUCAUGUUGACAAGCCAUACCCGGUUGAGAAGAUCGUCCACUACCCAGUCCAUGUCCCGGUUGACCGCCCAGUCCCCGUCCACGUUGACAAGCCCGUCCCAGUGCCAGUGGAGAAGCACGUCCCAUACCCAGUCUACAAGAACGUCCCAUACCCCGUCCAUGUCCCAUAUGACCGUCCCGUCCCCGUCCAUGUCGACAAACCCGUCCCAGUUGAGGUCAAGGUCCAUGUCCCAGCCCCGUACCCGGUCGAGAAGGUCAUCCCCUACCCAGUGGAGAAGAAGGUCCCAUACCCCGUGAAGGUCCCAGUCGCGCGCCCCGUCCCGGUUGAGAUCGAGAAGCACAUCCCGGUCGAGGUCGAGAAGCACGUCCCAGUCCCCGUUAAGGUGUCCAUCCCGGUUGUGCACCACGACGAACACCACCACGUCGAGGAACAUCACGAUUUCCAUGAGCAUCACUAAGUCAAGAAGAGCCCCCAUCAUUUCAUUAUUUAUAUCGCAGAACAUGUGAUUUUAGUUUCUAAACGACUAACACCUCAACUACUAACAAAAUGCGAGAAACCCUACCAAGCUAAGCUGAGAACCGGUAAAAUAACUGAUCACAAAAAAAUAACUGUAUCCUAGCCCAAGCAAGCGAUCCGCGCGCGCCGCCAAACCCAACGAUCCGACAACCCGAGUGCCGACCGCCUAACCGGGUCCACGAAGUGAGCUCUCGGCGAUCGACCCGCGACAUUCCAGCAGCCUGCCAACUGCGGAGAGAUUGGGGAAUGUCCGCACCAGGUCCACCACCACGAUCUGCCUUCGUGGUCCCGCGGCACUCCGGUUCGCCCCCAACAUCCACCGUCGCGCCGGAUUCGCCCAGAGAGCCAAAUAGCUAUGGAAAUUUUAGUUUUUCGAACCGAGCCGCCACCAUGCAAACAUCGCCAAAGAGUCCGCCGGGAAGCGCUGGUCGGGUGUUGAUCCCUUCGUUGAUCAGCAGAGUGCCUUCCCCGGGUGGAGGGAUGUCUGCCCCCGUGGUUCACCCCUUGCGCGGGGGCAACUCCCCAAACGGCGGCCAUCCCGAUCAGCAGCCCCUCCAGUGAGGGACUCGAGGCUCGGUUCCG